CUUUUCUCCUCCCAGCAGGAUGAGCUCAGCUUCGGGGUCUCCCCUUUUCCCUUCCCCCUGACACCGAGCAGACAAGAGGAAGAAAUUAAAUCAUCAUCAUCAUCAUCAUCAUUAUUAUUAUUAUUAUUAUUAUUAUAAUCAGAAUGGAUCUGUUGGAGGAAAGCGGAUGUGUGAGAUGGAGAACAAAACUGUGCUCAGGAUUUUGUUAGAGAUGUGAGUGUGUGUGUGUGUGUGUGUGUGUGUGUGUGUGUGUGUGUGUGUGUGUGUUUGGAGAUGUUUAAUGAGUGAGAAAAGGCGUAUAACGGGCUGGGUCCGUUACACUGUAGAGUGAGACAUGUCCGGGCUGGAGCAGGACACUUGUCCCGGAACAGAACUGAUCGCGGAGACCGGGAUGGAGGGUCUCAGGGCCGAGCUCGAGCGCCUGUCCCGGGAGCUGAGCGAGACGAGCUGGGAUAAGAUCCGCGCUGCUGAGUACGGGCUCGCGGUGCUGGAGGAGAAACAGCAGCUCCAGCAGCGCCAUGAGGAGCUGGAGAGUGAACAUGAAGCCCUGAGACAUGAACUGGACCAGCUGAAAGAGGCGUAUGGUCAUGCCCACUUCGCCCAGAGGAAGGUUGCAGAAGACGGCGAGAGUCGUGAGGAGUCCCUCAUCAUGGAGUCGGCAUCUAAGGAGGCGUACUAUGAGCAGAAGGUGCAGGAGCUUCAGGUCGAGCUGAGGCAGGCCAGAACUUCUCUCACCAGCACCCAGGGCGAGAAUGAGAGACUGGGCAGCCUCACACUCGAGAUGAGGGAGAAUGCUGAGCUGUUGGAGAUGCAGUGCACUCGUCUGCGUGAUGAGCUCAGAGAGUAUAAAGUACGAGAGUCUCGGCUGCUGCAGGACUACAGUGAGCUGGAGGAGGAGAAUAUCACCCUGCAGAAACAAGUGUCCAUGCUCAAACAGGGCCAGGUGGAGUUUGAGGGUCUGAAGCACGAGAUCAGGAGGCUGGAGGAGGAAGCGCAGUACCUGAACAGCCAGCUGGAGGAAUCAGUGCGUCUGCGUGAGAUCGGCGAGCGUCAGCUGAGCGAGGCGCUGGAGACGGUGAAGAGUGAACGGGAGCAGAAAGCAGCACUGCGCAAAGAGCUCACGCAUCACAUGACCCUGGGAGACUCUCUCUUCGGUGGCUCGUUGGACGGACUCAGACUUGGCGAAUCGGACGAACCGAACAACGACGAGGCCAUGCGAGCCUUUGAAAACGGGCUCGCCAAGAUGGCCGGGGACAGCGACGAUGAUAACGUCAUGUCCAUGCCAAAGAAAAGUCUGGUGGAUGAUCUAUUGAGCGAGCUGAACAUCUGUGAGAUCCAGAAGCUCAAACAGCAGCUGCACCAGGUGGAGCGAGAGAAGGUGGCGCUACUCUCCUCCCUCCAGGAGUCUCAGAAGCAGUUAACGCAGACACGCGGAGCGCUAGCGCGUCUGAGCGACGAUUUUGGAGCCGUGCGACGUGUCCAGGAUGCGAAGGACAGAGAGAAAGGAGAGAAGGAAAGCGACGAGGACGGAAAUGUGGACUAUUACGAGCUGGACAUUCACGGCCCUGAGAUCCUUCGCUGCAAAUACGAGGCGUCGGUGGCUGAGGCUGGCGAGCUGAGGGAGGAGCUGAAGUUGAUUAAGGUGGAGCUUGAGGAGGUGAGAGUGGCACACGAGGAGGUGCGGGGACGACUGGAGAGCCAGGUGCGAGAUCUCUCGUCUCAGGUUUGUUCGCUGGAGAGCGAGGGGCGAGCAGAGCGGGCGCAGAUGGCACGGCUACAGAGGGAGUUGGAUGAAGUGAACACGGCUGCCGGCGAGACGCGGAGGACGCUCGGGGCGGCGCAGGACGAGCUGGCAUCCUUCAGCGAGGAGCUCGCUAACCUCUACCAUCACGUUUGCGUGUGCAACAACGAGACACCCAGCCGCGUCACACUCGACUUCUACCGAGAGGGAAAAGACAGCAAAGAGGACAAAGAUAGGAAAGAUGAUAAAGAGGAGAAAACAGACAUCGCAAACCCGACUGGACCCCCUGCCGGCCCUGGUUCAGGCUCAGUCAGAGACGCGAGGAAGGAGCCGAUGGACGUGUGCGUCCUGGCGGCAAUGAUUCGCGAGCAGAUGCGGCACCUGCAGCAGGCCGUGGAGCGAGGCACACAGCUGGCGAGGCAGAGGUUGGCACCACUGGAGCUCACAAGCGUGUCUGAUAGAGAGCAGGCAGCCUGCAUGGAGGAGAUCCUCAAACUCAGGUCACUGCUGAGCACCAAACGGGAACAAAUCGCCACACUCAGGGCCGUCCUCAAAGCCACCAAACAGACGGCUGAGGUCGCUCUUGCCAACCUGAAGAGUAAGUAUGAGAACGAGAAGACCAUCGUGACGGAGACUAUUAUGAAGCUUAGGAACGAGCUGAAGGCUCUGAAAGAGGAUGCGGCCACAUUCUCCUCCCUCAGAGCCAUGUUCGCUACAAGGUGUGAUGAGUACGUGACUCAGCUGGACGACAUGCAGAGGCAGCUGGUAGCUGCUGAGGAUGAGAAGAAGACCCUGAACUCGUUGUUGCGCAUGGCCAUCCAGCAGAAGCUGGCACUCACACAGCGCCUUGAGGACCUGGAGUUCCACCACGAGCAGGAGCGCAGGGGAAGUGCUGCCCGAGGCAAAGGGCCCUUUUCAAAGAGCAAGAACCUGCAUUAAUUUUAUUUGCCAAGGAGAAUUUCCCCUAAAAGAGGCGUAAUCCCUGACUGCAGACGUCCCGUCCCGUCCCGUCCGUCCUGUCCCUCCUCACACACAGUAACACACAUUAGGACGCCUCUUCGCUUGACUGCAGGCUUUACAUUAAUCGGAUCCUCCAGACUUUUGGUUUCUGUUUCUUUUUUAUUUGUAUAUAUAUUUUUUAUCCAAAUAUUUGACAUGUACUGCAACGCAUUUAAGUGAAAGUCUUAUUUUAGAGUUGAAACAGAAACACGCAUGUAGUGUAUGUGACGUAUUUCCGGACAGCAAACGUCAGUUCAGAGUUCACAUUUACAUUGUUUUGACUUCAUGUCUUAAUUUAUUUUAUCUUGAAAUAAUUCUAGUAUACACAAUGUCCUGUGGUGGGAGAGAUGCGUACACGUGAUGAGUUGGAAAAACGUGAGAUGGGUGUUUUUGACGUCACCCCGCAGGACUGGUCGACGUGAGAGAUGUUGACAGAAGGAUUUGAAAACGUUACUAGCUAAAAAAAAAAAUCCAUGUAUUUUCAACACCUUCUGUCAGCUACCUCUUUAUUACAUCUUUAAUCAGAUGUAUUUAACAUAAAUAAUAAUAUAAGGCUUUUUUCUUUCUUUUUUUUAAAAACAAUUAUUUUGCUUGCUUUGUUCACAAGCAAUACAGGGAAGAUGAAUUUAGAAAUGCACAUGGAGCUCGACGAAUAGAACAAAGCGCACCAGCAUUGUAGAGAACAAUACAUCGCACCACACCACAUCACGCCACGCCACGCCGCGCCGCGCCGCACCACACCUCACCUCACCACACCACACCACAUCAC